AGAAGACAUACGUAUUUUGGCUUUAUGACAUUUUGGUUAAAUUCGCAUUUUGAAAUUUGAACAUAAAUAAAAUCAUUCGGCUUAAGCAAAAAUUAUUGUCCAAAAGACUAGUCAAAAUUUUAAUUAAUCGGAAGGUAUCGUUGGAUGAUAUAGAAUGCUACCAUCACAUCCUAAUUCGCCAUACUCAAAAACUGUAAAUGGAAUCAGACCCGGAAAUAAAUAUCGACAAGUCAACGAGCAAAAAACCCAUAUGAGAGCAAUAGACGUCAAAAACAUUCAUCAGGCUCAUAAAAUAAGUAGCGAAUAUCCAACUACAGAGACAAAUCCAUACCAUCACCAUCACGAUCAUCACAGCCACCAACGUCAUCAGCAAUAUCAUCAUCCAAUGAUAGGAGAACAACCAAUAAUCCGUUCAAUAGAUACAAACAAAAUUCUUGUACAAACAACCCCUAAUAUCCGUACAACUUCAAAACCAAGACAGUGCACAAAUUGCUGCGGAGGUCUGCCAGGAUGUGGACCAGGAUCAGGUCUGACAGUAACAAACUCUAGGCAAUCUGUCCAAGGGCAAUGCUGCUGUCAAAAUAAAACAACCGUUCCACAAGUGUUCAUUAAACAUUCUGGAACCAUGAACAUCUCCCACGAAAUUCCAUUCUGUCCUGAUGAUAAGCGUCUUAGGGGUGGCGGAAGUACAAAUAAAUUUUCAUACCCAAGGAACUUUUUACCUUCGUCCACCGGAAGUACCAAUGAAGAGACAAGUUGGAAUGAAGAUUUUGAAAAAAUUUUCAAAAUUGAUAACACCAAUAUACGUUCCCGCGGAGGAUGUGGCGGAUGCAAUUUUCCGCAAAGCAUUAAAUCCUAUUCCGCAUACAAUUCCGCUUCGCGUGAUCAAUGCCAAUCAUCACCAUGGCCCUCGGCAUUCAAAUAUCCAAGAAGACGUCCUUGUCCGCCAUUACUACCGGUCUGUUUCACCCAACGUAAAACUUGCGCUCCUGAAAAUUUUCAGGUGAGUACGAAAGCAUGUUGUCCUUGCGGAGGAUGCGGAGGAGCCGCGUGUAGCGAUAAUCCUGGAGGCGGACAAAUCGAUGGUGGAUGUUGUGGCGGAGGCCACGUCAAACCACUUCCUUGCAAGUGCAAGUGUCAAUCCUGUAAGGAUUUUCAUCCUUGUGGAGGAUGCGGUGGACAAUCGUGCGGGAAGAUUUAUAGCUGCGCAGGAUCCAGUGGAGGCACCUGCUGCUUUCCAAGGAACUAUAAAAGAAGAUCCGGCCCGGAAUGUUGCGGCGGAGGUAAUUCCGGAUGCGGUGGUUGUUGCUGAAAAAUUGAAAAAUACCUUAAGAAAUAUUAAAAAAUGUAUAAAAAACAAAAAGGUCUCAUUGACAUAAUAAAGAAUU